AUGGCUGUCGUCCCUUACUUGCCUCCUGAACUCUGGCUACGGAUUCACGACCACACUACGACUGUCAGUGGGACACUUGAUCCUGACAUUCACUUUCACACGGAGCUAAAUGGUCUUUAUGACGAUCCGGGUAAAUAUGCGGACAGCGAUAUCAACGCUUCGCUAAGGCAAGCACAAACGACCCGUCGAUGGCUACCGCUCGUGUGCAAGCACUGGUACGAGAUGUUCAUCCAUCGCCUGUAUCAAUCUGUCAUCUUCGAAGGAGACGAUGCGCUGUCCUCACUUACCUGCGCCCUCUCGACCCCUCCCCGCAUUCCUGGUGCACCUCCUUUGGGGCACUACACAGAACGAAUGGACAUCCUCUCUGACUUCACGAACAAUAGUUUGCUUGUGAGCAAAGGGACAGAGUACAUGCUUGAGCGCGGACUAGCGACAUUAUUCGGGUCUUGUCCCCGUCUCUCUAUACUCGUCAUCACCUUCCGCGCACCAGAGGCUCGCAUCUCCCCAUCCAUGAUGGGAGCCCUGUGCCAAAAUGUACCCAAUCUCAAGGUUCUCCAGCUUCGCAACAUUUCACUCCGCUCAACGGACACAGAGGCACUCCUGCGCUCCAUCCCCGACCUCCGCAUCCUGGCGUGCUACCACAUCGCCUUCCCGCAGAACCACAUCGACUCCGCAAAUAUCCCCUAUCUACCCCUCCACACAGUCGCGUUCAGCAAGCUGAGCCGCCCAGAAUUUAUCCAGUCAGGCUCCCUCCCUCAGCUGCGCAGCCUUGUUCUACACGGUAACGCCUUCUUCACCGACACACGGAACGAGACGUUCCUGCGCGCCGUCGGCGCCACCCUCCGCACCAUCCACUGGGACGUCGAAGAUCGCGAAAAAAUUCAGCUGUGGGUGUCGCAGAUCGGGCGCCACUGCCCGAACCUGGAGCGCCUUGUCCUGUCGGUACCGGAGUACGCGUUCUUCGAUCCGGAGGCGUUCCCGCUGCCGCUCGAGCUCGAGCUUCCGCCCGUGACGUGCCUCGGACUACGGACGGCCGCCCCUGGGCCUGCGCGUUCGCGGUUUACACAGGAUGCUCGCUAUGAGCAUAUCUGGAGUUUUCUGACCAAAAUACAUGGAUUGGCUCCAUCCGUUAGCACCGUGCAGUUCUUGAACAUUGGUGCUCGUCACAAGGAGGAACUUGAAGAUGUACCUUCUGGUCUAUCGCAUAUAAAAUUUGAACAUUACUAUCGACUCGCACAGUCUUAG